AUGGCAGCAUCCUCGCGUGAAUUCGGGCCUACACCGAGCCCGAGUCCAAGCUCAGUUGGGCCUAUAUCUCCUUAUUGCGCACCUGAGUCGCUCCGCAACCUUAAACCGAACCCGAAAUGGGAUGUUUUUGGGUUCGGAGUGAUUCUUUUAGAGCUUCUCACGGGCAAAAUUGUGUCCGUGGACGAAGUCGGAAUCGGAAAUGGGCUGACCGUAGAAGAUGGGAACCGGGCGUUAAUAAUGGCUGACGUGGCGAUCCGGUCUGAAUUGGAGGGCAAAGAGGACUUUUUACUUGGUCUUUUCAAGUUGGGAUAUAGUUGUGCAUCUCAAGUUCCACAAAAGAGACCGACCAUGAAGGAUGCUUUAGUAGUCUUUGAAAGGUUCCCUAUUAUCUCUUCGUCUAAGUCUCCAUCGUACCGUUACGGACACUAUUAA